UGGACGCAUCAUGUCGUUCCUUGGAAGCGCCAUUUGCUUCGCCAUCUGUAUCAUUUACCCUCUGACCUUCUACCUGAUCAUUUACUACGACGAACUGUCCGUCUGGAAGAUCACUGCCACGGUAAUAUCCAUCAUCAUCAGUGUCAUUUUGGCGGUUUGUGGAACCACUGCGGUGGCGUUAGUGUGAAACUGGCCUUAUCAUGUUACAUGGACAUAUAUGUAAACAAAAAGAUAAAUAGAAUCAACAAUAAAAGCAUAUACAAACGUGAAGCCCAAGCACGACAAACAACAUGGCGGUUAACGCUGGGAACACGAAGUUAGAUCAGGAUUCGUUGAUUCAGAAGCAUGCCGGUGUCACCACGGUUUGGCUAUUAUCGACGUUGGGAUUGAGAUCGGCGCACAGGAGGAUAACGAGAAAGGAGAUCCAGUCAGUAUCGAUCCCUCAAACUUGUGACGAGAUCAAGAAACCGGAUAAUGCGUUGACUCUCCGUAUCAAGUCCUCGUUGUUGUAUGGUGUUGCUUUGGUGUACAAGCAAAAGACUGAUUACUUGAACAGCGACGUGUCAAACGUCCGUACCAGGAUCCAAAGAGGCUUGAAUCCUCUCAAGGGACACGCCUCCAAGAUAUUGAUGCCCAUGGCGUCGGAGGCUGAUGUGCUGCAACGCUUAGCAAAACAAGUCGUUCUUAGAGAUGACCCCUCGUUCAACAUAGAUGGCGGGUUGUUACCACCGCUAGCUGGGUUAGACUUCUUGCAGACCUCCAACGCCCAUGAUGAUCUUCAAAAAAGAGGGAUUCAACAAGUGGACCAGGAGAACAAUGUGAUUUCCUUGCCUGUUGAUCAGUUGAAUCUACGUGAAUCUGGAACUCAUUUCGUGGAAGAAGAUGGAUUGCAAGGCUUGAAUCCUGAAUUUGCAUUCAACGAUGACGGAUUCAUAGUAGAUAUUGUUCAGGACGAUAUUCGUCCUGACACUGAUUAUCAAUUAGGUGAUGGUUCAUUCAAUUUGGCAUUCGAUGUCGAUCCGCAACCUGCUGAAGAUCACAUUCGUGAAAUGGAUCAGAUCUUGGAGGAGGUUGAGGAACCUCGCGUUGGGCAGAAUCAAGAUCAUGCACAAGCAGCACCACCUAAGGUUUGUUCCAAGAAGCGUAUGAGAACAGAUACGUCGCAGAUUGUCGUGGACAUGGCCAUUAGUAUAUGUACUGAAGAUUUACGCAAUUUCAGAGAUAACUAUGUUUCCGUGAUGAAGUCAAAGGCUAAGAAACCCAAGUAUAAUAAUUACUUGGAUUUUACCUUGAAAGACCCACUUCUUCCAGAUUUCCUUCCAGUUGUGGCAGUUGACACCAUUGAGCGUGGUCGCCAAUUACAUCGUGAAGAUGGUGACUUUGUCGAUAGCCUAAAUCGUCAUAGAAGAUCAUCUGUAAGCUCCAUAGAAUCUGGAAGACACGUCUCUGUAUCAUCAAGACGCCAUUCGCGUGCAAGCUUAGCUGCUAUCGACUUACCCUGGGAAAACGCACCACUGGCCGAUGCUGAUCACGACUUUGAUUACCGAAACGAAUUGGAUGAAUUCCCGCUAAGCUUGGAGGAUCAUUCAACCACUUCCGGCUCUUCGAAGAAGAGGUCAAGCUCCCUUCUAAGGCUUCCAGAAUUGCAAGAGGAACGCCAUGAUGCUUCAAGAGACAAGGAAUCGGUCUCGGGGACCGGUAACACGUUGAGAUCAGGGCAUGGGCAUGGAACCAUGUUGAAGUUUUUGGCGUUUCUACAGUCGAGAUUUGAGGAGGAGAACUGUGAAGAGUUGAGUUUUGAAAAACUAAUCGAUUACGAGACUGACAGAUCGAUAGUUGUAAAGUCAUUCUAUGAGGUUCUACAAUUGGCAACUCUCAACGGGAUAAAGGUAUCUGUUGGCCAAAGUAUUGGUGAUUUUGGCUUGAUGUCCGCUUCUGAACUGUCCAUUCGUCUUGCAUGACACCAUAGCGGAUUCAUUCACCUAUUUCGAAGUCUUCCCAGCUAUACAGUCUAUGACUUACAAUUUGCAAUUCUAACCGUUAUACAUUGUAUACUUCAUGUGCUAAUUAUACAAUGUCAUGCGGAUGUCUCCGAAACAACGAUGCCAUGCAGUGCAAGUUUAACUUUGGACUCACAUCAAUUGCUACAACAACAGCAAGCUA